GGACGUUUCAAAACUCCUGCGUGUCUCCUGCAACUUUGACCUCAACGUCAACCAUUCCUUGACCCCGUCAUGUCUUUCCAUCCAUUCAUAUUCUUGUAUCGGUAUGCUAUCGAACCCAUAGCACUUUUCAGUUGGUUUGGUGUCGAAGUCUGCUCCAUAGAGCUAAUAGCCGCCUUGCGGUUUUGCACCAUCCUGAGACAGAUCAGGGAAGAUUUAUAUGCCAAGCAUCUGCGUCGUGCUGGUGAUAAACCCGCAUCUGUAGAGGAGAGGUCAUUCCCAAGAGACGCGUGUACCUCGCUCACGAUUAAGUUUGGAGGAGAGGCCAUAAUGGGUCCUCUGCUCGGUGUUCCUCCAUCUUUCGUGCUCUCAGGUGUUUCCCCAAGUGUAUACAUCGCGGCACAGGCAAUUGUAGAGUGUAUCCCUGUUAUACCGCCAAUGUCACUCAGCAGUGAGCUUCCGCUGUCUAUCGUCGACGGAUUCACGCGUGCAUGGCUUCUCUGUAGUCUCGUACCCAAACCCGUUAUCACGCAUGCGUCCCCCGUGAUUGCGUCUUCUCCAUGGACUCUUUUGCUGUCCUCUCUUGUCAUCGCUAAUGGAGGCUUCAUAAUAAUGGGCAUGGUCACCUUCCUCACGCCUACCCCGCUCACACUUCACAUGUCUCAACCGGCCGAACGCCCGAUCAAGCCCUAUGGCUGGACAGCCACAGACUUCUGUUGUGCGCCGUCCAUCACGGGGCUCUACGCCCUCGUCACGCACGCCCAGCCAUUCUGGGCCGAGCUCCACAAUGAAACAGGGGACGAUAAAGUCGUUCCUAUGGACCCAGAGGCCGCCCGUGCGCUAUGCGCACUAACUCUCACGGGAAUGUCCACCACCCGGACUGUGAAGAACUAUAGGCUUAUUUGGAAGAAAGGUGUUGUUGAGAAGAUCAAGAAACAGUGAAUAUCCGAAGUGAUAUAUGAACGUCGAAGACGUAAAUGUGCAUGAAAUCCAUGAACGAGAUAUCAUUUUCUUGGUUAGGAGUCUAGCUGGUAGCUCCGCCAGAGCGUAUGCCUAUGUCUCCUGAUCUUAAUGAUUCAAGUACUGGUUCUUGAGGGCUCCAGUGUUUUCAGGAGCACAAGAGCACUUGUGUUGGGGUAUCUCUGAGUUCGU